CGGUCUUUCCCUUUCUGACUUCUCUUUCAUUUUCCCUCGUUUUCUAUUUUCCUUCCCUUUCAUUAUCAAGAAAAUGUCAGACACCUCCCUUUAAUACUACCUUCCCAAACAAAUUACAGAAGCCAUUCAGGAAAAAAUUAAAAAAAAUUAAAACUACCAUCGCCAAUUUCUUUUUUUCUUUUAUAUUAGAGAAGAUCCAUUAAAACCCAAUCUUUAUCAACAAAAGAGGAAGACUAUGUCUCCUUUUUGAUUAAUUCUCUUUUCCUUAUCUUGUUUUGGUGUACGACCUAAUUGUUUUAUUCUUUUUAUGCAUUAGGUAUACAUUGGAUUGGACGUAGAAUUUUCAUGUUUGGAUAUUGUUUAUAUUCAAGCAGUUUCCUUCAGGUUUCUUUAAGUGAUUCUUGGGUUGGUGCUGUAUUAGUGUUUGAUUAUAUAAAAAAUUUCUUAUUUGUGGGGAAACAUAUACUCAAAAGGGUUCAUCGUUUUCGUGCUUUUUUGAUUAAAAGUUCUUUUUUUAAUAAGUAUUGAUCAGUUUUUGGUUACUUAGGCUUGAUUUUGAUGUGUUCACUUCAAGAUCAAACACCCUUUUGGGAGAAAAGGAAUGAGGGUUUAUUAUCAUAUCUUUGACAGAGAAAAUAACAAGAAGAAGAAGAGAAGAAGAGAGUAGUAAAAUUGUCAAAUGGGAAACAAUUGUGUUGGAUCAAGGGCUUCACAAUCAAUUUGGUGGCUUACACAUCCAACAGAUUGCUUCCUUAGUCAUCAUCAUGCUAAGAAAGAAGCCAUUAAAGGGUUGCCUUACAAUAAACAAGAACAGGAAUCUACUACUUCACAACCUCAAAACACGCCUCCUGAGCAAAUGAAGAUAGCUAAAGAAGAGAUUAAACAAGCAGCAUUGCCUGCAUCAUCAGCACCCCCAAAACAAGAGGCCAACCAGAAACCAGCAUUACCAUCACAGCCUAAGGAAGAGAUUAAACAAGCACCAUUGCCACCAAAACCGAAAGACGAGACGGUACAGUCAGAGGUCAAUGGCAUCAUCAGGAAUCAAAGAGGAGAGAUUAAAUCAACACGGCAAGUGAGUGUCAAAGAAGAGAAAAAACCAGCAGUUCCUCCAAGACCAAGAAAACCACAUAAUGUAAAGAGAUUAUAUAGUGCAGGGCUUCUGGCAGAAUCGGUGUUGAGAACGAAAACAGGUCAUCUGAAGGAGUAUUACAAUUUGGGGAGGAAGUUGGGACACGGGCAAUUUGGCACGACUUUUCUUUGUGUUGAGAAAGGGACAGGAAAAGAGUAUGCUUGCAAGUCUAUUGCAAAAAGGAAACUUUCCACAAUUGAUGACGUAGAAGAUGUCAGAAGAGAAAUUCAGAUAAUGCAUCAUUUGUCAGGAAAUCCUAAUGUUAUAUCAAUCAAAGGAGCUUACGAAGAUGCAGUGGCGGUUCAUGUUGUGAUGGAACUGUGUGCUGGUGGUGAGCUCUUUGAUAGAAUUAUCAAGCGCGGACAUUAUACAGAAAGAAAAGCAGCUCAACUUACAAGGACUAUAGUUGGUGUUGUAGAAGCUUGUCAUUCUUUAGGAGUCAUGCAUAGGGACCUCAAGCCUGAGAAUUUUCUCUUUGUCAAUAAUCAGGAGGAUUCACCUCUCAAGGCAAUAGAUUUUGGUUUAUCAGUGUUCUUUAAGCCUGGGGAGAUUUUCACUGAUGUGGUUGGAAGUCCAUACUAUGUUGCUCCUGAAGUUCUGAAAAAACGUUAUGGUCCAGAAGCAGAUGUUUGGAGUGCCGGAGUAAUGGUUUACAUUCUUUUAAGUGGGGUACCUCCAUUUUGGGCUGAAACCGAGCAGGAAAUCUUCGAGGAGGUAUUGCACGGUCAGUUGGAUUUCACAUCCGAUCCAUGGCCUCAUAUCUCUGAAAGCGCAAAAGAUUUAGUUAGGAGGAUGCUUGUCAGGGACCCCAGAAAGCGAAUUACAGCCCAUGAAGUUCUGUGUCAUCCUUGGGUUCGCGACGAUGGGGUUGCUCCAGAUAAGCCUCUUGAUCCUGCAGUCUUAAGUCGGAUGAAGCAGUUUUCUGCAAUGAACAAGCUUAAGAAGAUGGCUCUUAGAGUUAUUGCUGAGAACCUCUCUGAAGAAGAAAUUGCUGGGUUGACAGAAAUGUUUAAGAUGAUAGACACAGACAAUAGUGGUCAAAUUACUUUUGAAGAACUCAAAGUUGGACUGAGAAGAUUUGGUGCUAAUCUGAACGAGUCUGAAAUUUAUGAUCUUAUGCAAGCGGCUGACAUUGACAAUAGUGGAACCAUAGACUAUGGUGAGUUCAUAGCAGCCACAUUGCAUCUGAACAAAGUUGAGAGGGAAGAUCAUCUGUUUGCUGCCUUCUCAUACUUUGACAAAGAUGGUAGUGGCUAUAUCACUCUGGAUGAACUCCAACAAGCUUGUAUCGAAUUCGGCAUGGAGGAUGUUCACUUAGAAGAAAUGAUACGAGAAGUUGAUCAGGAUAAUGAUGGUCGGAUAGAUUAUAAAGAGUUUGUGGCAAUGAUGCAGAAAGGGAAUAGUGAAAUGGGUAAGAAUGGUCUGCAGGGUACAAGUUUUAGCAUCGGUUUUAGGGAGGCACUGCAAGUUUGUUGACAGUGACAGAAAUUAGCAAAGGCUUUUUUGUUUUCACUUUAUAAUUUCUUCAUAGAUUUCUAUCCAUUUCUUCAGGGAUUAUCAGGUGCAAGCAGUAAAUACUAGAUGUGCAUGUUUUUUUCUCCAGAAGAUUUAGAGUAUACUAUCAGAAUGGAAACAUAGAUUAUAUUCACAUGCCAUAUGUGAGUCUAAAUUUCUUCUUCCCAUCUUUUGUA